AUGCUCCCGAAGGCAAUAGAGCAAGACUUUCAACGGAGGGAUCAAACCAGGGCACGCCUAAGAUCUGUUUCCAAUUUAUGUUCUGCCUCCUCAUCCUCUACCUCCUCGUCUUCAACCUCUUUGUCUUCCUCUGCACCUUCCUCAUCGUCCUCUUUGUCCUCAUCUUUACCUUCUUCUUUGCAUUUCUCACUUCUUCAAACACCUCCAUCCACUUCUUCAUCCACUUCUUCAUCCACUUCAUCAUCUUUUGUGUCGUCAACUCCUGCUGUGUCAUUGUUGUCUCCACCGUCUGUGUCGUUGUCGUCCUUGUCUUCGUCUACGUUGCGUCAGUCUUCUCACCGUCCACAAUUGCAUCCAUACUUACGACACCAUCCAUAUUCGCCUCCAUAUUCACCCUUACGGCCACCCACAAUUCCUCCUCAACAUUCCACCCCAUUACUUCCUACACUGCGUCAAUUUCGAACUCAUUCACACGGUGGUGGUGAUUCAACAGUGGCAUCGAUAUCGAUGCCGCUGCCGCCACCACCACCACCACCACCAUCGCCACCAUCGCCACUAUCGCCACUAUCGCCACUAUCGCCACCAUCGCCACCAUCGCCACCAUCGCCACCAUCGCCACCAUCGCCACCAUCGCCACCAUCGCCACCAUCGCCACCAUCGCCACCAUCGCCACCAUCGCCACCAUCGCCACCAUCGCCCCCAUCACCACCAUCACCACCAAGGGCACCACCAUCACCACCAAGGGCACCACCAUCACCACCAAGGGCACCACCAUCACCACCAAGGGCACCACCAUCACCACCAAGGGCACCAAGGGCACCACCAAGGGCACCACCAUCACCACCAAGGGCACCACCAUCACUAUCACCUCUACCAAGGCCACCACCACCACCACCAAUACAAAGGCCACCGCCACAACCACCACAAUCACCUUUGCAAACACCGCCAUCCUCUACACGUUCUUUAUCGUCUGUUAUUGUUUCUCGCCGUUCUAUACACACACGCAUUGUACCCCGUCCACUCCCAUACCACCGUCCCAAUAUUAUUCCCCAAAAUCCAUUGCCUCCUCCACGUCGGGUUCCCCAUGAUAAUGCUUGGUCGGUUGGUCAAGCAUUAAGGGACCUGCGUGAAUGGGUCAAUGGAUUUUGGAGGCAGUAAAUUAUUACAUUAAUUAAUUAGGAUAAUAAGAAAUGGUGGUUUAUAUUUUUUUCUUGUUUUACUUUGAGUGCUAUUGGAUGUUUUACUAAUACCUUGCAAUUUGUUC